GAUGGAGAUGGAAAUGGAAAUGGAAAUGGAAGUGAAGAUUUAACUUAUUUUGAAGAUCCUCUUGACCAACAAAUGAGUCAGCCAGGAUUUGAACCAAUUUCACUGAAUACAUCAUCUUCCACUAGUGAUACCAGCUAUUCAAAUGACAAAAUCAAUCAGGGAUUAUAUCCUAAAACGAGUCUUGGAUCCACUCCAGCUGUAAUACCCCAAUUUGCAAGUUCAACUUCAUGGAAUAAUACUUCCAUUCCAAGAACUCCUAUAACUCCAACUCAACUGUCAAGGCUACCACAAAUGGCAAAUCCAAUAACUCCAAUAGAUUCAUCAGAAAUGUUUUCUAAAAACAAACUAAUAAAAUCACCAACUCCAAACCAUAGUCAAAAUCAUAAUCAUAGUCAUCGUCAUUCAAGUUCUGUAAGUUCAAUAUUAAGUACUACAUCUGUAGGGAAUGUGAAUCUAGCUACUCUUAAAAAGCAGUUAAAUUUAAAGCCUGGUGAAGGUGAAAGAUCUAAUUAUGUAUCUAUGAUUAGAAAGACUGCGGGAACGGCAUUUAAUGAAACAGGACCAGGUAAAUGGAAGUUACCUGUUGGAAUUAUGCCUGUAGAUAAAUCAAAUUAUCUUUAUUCAAAUAGGUAUAUGCGUAGAGAUGGAUUUACUAAGAAUAAAAAGGGGGUUGAACUUAGACAUGGGAAGUUAGAAAGACCAUUAUUGGCCGAUGAAAUUGAUAAUACUAUGGAUAUUUCCAAUGGAGUUGAUCCAGUUCGUUCUUCAUUAUCUAAAUCAGGAAGUAUUAAAUUAUCUGAUUCAAGUGUAGUUGUCAGUUCCAAUGCUUCAGUUGAUUAUGGACUUCAAAGAAUUUCUACUGAUAAUUCUAUUGAUCAGAGUUCAUCAGGUUCACCUGGUAAUACUUCAGAUAAUGGAUUUGGAUUCUAUCAACAUAAAGGGUAUAGAGAUGAUGAAGAGACAGAUGAUGAUAAUUCUACGGAAGUCGAUCCUGUUGAAUAUGGAUUUGGAGUUGAUUCUGAAGAUCGACCUAGAUUGACAGUUGCCAAUCCUGAUGAUGAUUGAAUGAUAAGUUAAGAUUGAGUUAAGUUAAGAGUGUGAAAUAUUUAGAGUAACAGUAUAUAUAUAUAUAUAUAUGUAUAUAUAUUCAUUUAAAAUGUAUACGAACUAUUAAUGAUAAUUAUAUUGAUAAUAAUAAUAUUAUUAAUAACC